CGCACCUUGCCGGCUGGAGCCCCGCCCGACCACCCCCGCCUCGCACAGGCGCACUCCGGCAAGACUGCGGGCUAGCGGGGGCUAGGCAUAAAGUCAGCGCUGGAGAUGGGCUUUUAAUGAAGGAGAGAGGCAAUUGAGUCCAGCAGGGUGACCUCUGCAGCUGUAGGGGGAGGAUACCAGUACUCAAAGGCUUCUGGCUCCCGGGAGCAGCACCAGGGCCAGGGAGACAAUGGUCUCAGUGACUAUGGCCACUUCCGAGUGGAUCCAGUUCUUUAAGGAAGCCGGCAUUCCUCCCGGGCCUGCUGUCAAUUACGCCGUGAUGUUUGUGGAUAAUAGGAUCCAGAAGAGCAUGCUGCUGGAUCUCAACAAAGAGAUCAUGAAUGAGCUGGGCGUGACUGUGGUGGGCGACAUCAUCGCCAUCCUCAAGCAUGCCAAGGUGGUGCACCGCCAGGACAUGUGCAAAGCUGCCACUGAGUCCGUGCCCUGCAGCCCCAGCCCCCUCCCAGGCGAGAUUCGCCGAGGCACCUCUAGCGCUGCCUCUCGAAUGAUUGCUAACAGUCUGAACCGUGACUCCCCACCCGGCACUCCACCGAGGCGGCCGGACACCAGCACCUCCAAGAUCUCAGUCACCGUGUCCAACAAGAUGGCAGCGAAGACUGCCAAGGCUGCCGCAGCCCUGGCCCGCCGCGAAGAGGAGAGCCUGGCCGUUCCCACCAAGCGGCGCCGGGUCACUGCCGAGAUGGAGGGGAAAUACAUCAUCAACAUGCCCAAAGGCACCACCCCCCGGACCCGUAAGAUCCUGGAGCAGCAGCAGGCGGCAAAAGGUCUCCACAGGACGUCCGUGUUCGACCGCCUCGGCGCCGAGACCAAGGCAGACACGACAACAGGGAAUAAACCCACAGGAGUCUUCAGCCGCCUGGGGGCCACCCCAGAGAUGGACGAGGAUCUGGCUUGGGACAGCGACAAUGACAGCAGCAGCUCUGUCCUGCAGUAUGCCGGGGUCCUGAAGAAGCUGGGCCGAGGCCCGGCCAAGUCCAGUCCCCAGCCAGCACUGACUGUCAAAGCUAAGGCCACAAGUUCGGCCACAACGGCUGCCACCCCAACACUGCGGCGCCUGGCCCUUUCCUCACGCCCUGGACUCGAGAGGAAACCAGAGUCCCUGUCCAAAAGCAGCAUCAUCCAGAGACUGGGCAAGGCUGCCCUUGUGCCUGAGGCCCAGGACAGCCAGGUCACGAGCACCAAGAGUAAGUCCUCAGCCGAGGUCAAGGUCACCAUUAAGAGGACUCUGGUGGGGCCCCGGGGGAACAGCUCCAGCGAGGGCCUGGGUGCCCAGAUGGACCAUGCGGGCACAGUGAGCGUGUUCAAAAGACUGGGCCGCAGGACCUUCUAGCCUCUGGGUGGGGCGCAGUCCCCUCUCCAGGCUCCUGGCUCCGGCAGAGGCUCCAGUGAGGGCGCGCCCAACCCUCUGCCGGCUUCCGGAUGACACUGCUUGUCUCCCUCGGCAUUGGAGCCGGCCCGAGCUUUCUGGGGACUCACCCCAGUUUUCUGAGUCUGAGAUGGUCAUUGUGACCUGGCCUUGCCGCUCCGGUCUUUCCUUUCUCUCACGUCCUCUGUUCUCUCCUCUCUGACUGUGGCCUUGGCAGGGCACACUCCUCUACCUCUCCCAGAGCCAAGUGCCCUUUUCCCUCCCCCAUUCCCCUUCCUGCCUCUCAGCAGCAUCUGCUGCCUCAGCCCCAGCUCCUCAGCCUUCCAGUCCCCCAGAGCAGGUGUCACCUGCAGGGGCCGACUUCCCGACUUCCCGACUUCCCCUCGCCCCUCUGCCCCGUCCCCCUGCUACUUUAACUUCUCGGUCUCUCCCUCUCUUCAUGCUGUUCAUUUCUCUUCUGUUUUCUGUCCCUGUGGCAAGGCCCGACUGUGCGCUGCGUCCUGCCU